GAAUCCUUUUGUAUCUGACUUGGGUUUCCGUUUCCCGGCCAUUAUUUUCCCGGAAAUUUUGAAUAGCAAAAGUUUUUCCGUCUCUAUUUUUUCUCUCCAUCACCAUCUUCUUCUUCUUCACUGAAGCAGGAGGGUAAACGCACCGCACCAUGGGUCGGCCUCCCAGUAAUGGCGGUCCCGCGUUUCGAUUCACUCAGACGGAGGUAGCGGAGAUGGAAGCGAUUUUGCAAGAGCAUAAUGCGGCAAUGCCAGCUCGGAAUCUUCUCGAAGCUCUUGCCGAUAAGUUCAGCGAGUCAGCUGAUCGGAAAGGGAAAAUCGUUGUACAGUUCAAGCAAGUCUGGAACUGGUUCCAGAACAGACGAUAUGCCCUGAGAGCGAGGGGGAAUAAACCUCCGGGGAAACUGAAUGUAUCUUCUAUGCCGGUUGAUGGCCAAACGAGGAAUGUGCUUCAACCUAUCCCUGUUCCUAAGUUCAGCCAGGCUCCUGCAAAUGUACCUUCUCCUUCGGUUCCUGCCGUUACAAGGGGCGGCUCUGAGAACUCGUACUUGGAAUUUGAAGCUAAAUCAGCCAGGGACGGUGCAUGGUAUGAUGUGCAAGCUUUUCUAGCUCAUAGAAACCUCGAGACUGGUGACCCGGAAGUGCAGGUUCGGUUUUCGGGUUUUGGAGUAGAGGAGGAUGAGUGGGUGAAUGUUAAGAAACAUGUAAGGCAGAGAUCACUCCCAUGUGAGGCAUCGGAAUGUGUUGCAGUUCUUCCCGGAGACCUCAUACUCUGUUUUCAGGAAGGUAAAGAUCAAGCUCUGUACUUUGACGCCAUUGUUCUCGACGCACAGAGAAGGAGACAUGAUGUACGAGGUUGUCGGUGUAGGUUUUUGGUUCGGUACAGCCAUGACCAAUCCGAGCAGGAAAUCGUGCCAUUGAGGAAGAUUUGCAGGCGGCCAGAGACAGAUUACAGGCUGCAGCAACUCCACACUGCUCCAAACGACUCGUCUAACUCGAACCAACGCCACAAACCCCCUCCAGAAACCACAACAAAAUCCUCCGGCUUGGACCUCAUCGGGUCAGUUUCCUCUGCACCCAACUCCAGUGGUGCGGCUAUAACCACUGCAGCCGCUGAUUCGGUUCAACCUAGCUCUAGUUCGGCUCCAAUUUCGGCUGGGCCGGUUGAGGAUGUGCAACUCUAGCUCCUACUGAACCGCCACUGUCACAUUCUGUAUUGAGCAUUUAACUCGGAGCAUAUGUUCUAUAUCUGUCAUUGUACGGAAUGUCUGAAUACACCUAACCGUAUCAGGCCCAUGUUAUUUUUGGAAGUAUUCCGGUUUCCCGGUUCGGUAUUCCAUCUAUAUGCAUCAGCACUGUGAAUUUGAUUGAA